AUGUUCGUCAAAGCUUGGGCUUAUCUAUGCAACAAAAUAAUCGAAUUUGAAACACCAAAUUUGUUGUUAGAGUUAGAGCCUUUAUUCAAUAGAGAUAUCAUCAAAGGCACAAAUGAAAAUAACGCAAUCAAGAUCUUGUUGAAGAUACCCCCAACAGAAAAAGAAAAUAAAUUAAGCCUAAAGAUUUCUCCUUCGGAACCAAAACUCAAAGACUCUCUUCGUGCUACCUUCAAGCUCACACGUGAAUAUUUGGAUAAAAUAAAGCAAUAUGUGUUAUCCAAUUGGGAAAUAUUCAAUCCAAAUGAAUCAAAUCCUGAGACUCUAUCAUCUUUUAUUCUCACUUGUGCUUAUUCACUUGUUUGUAUUGCAAAAGCUAUUCAUGGAGUUGAAAUAGAGAAAGAAAAUUUUGUUUUGGUUUUUGCAAUAAAUUGUAGAUCAAGGCCAGAAAAGGUGGAGAUUGUGUCCAUAGAUAGAGAUUUACCAAUUGGUUUUAGAGAUAGCAAAGAUGGCAGUGGUGAAGUUGAAAUAUGUCUUGUUCUCAAUAAACAUGUAAUGGAUCACUUCAGCACUUUGUUUCUUGAAGGACUAUCUUGUAAUUGA